AUGUUCAACGUGUCGGCGCUCGCAGGAGCGACGCCUUCUAUCGCAUCGGUGUCAUCCAUCGCAAGCCCAUCAGAGCAGCAUGGAUUGUCUACAAGUGUUGGUAUCGGAGCAUUGAAUGAUGCCACUUCUCGAACUGGAGAUGGCGGCGCCGCUUCUUCGUCGGCUUCAAGUGCAUCGGCGGCGCCACAACAGCAGUCACAAUCGGCACUUCAUAACAAACUCGAUACCAAAUGGGAUACUCUGAAUUCUGGGCUUCCAACAGAUACGAAUUUACAAUGUACGACAUGGACGGACAUUCCUCUGCUUGCAGGAUACUCAACUGCUCCAUCAUUCUCGUUCGAUCAGUGCACAUACGGUAGUUAUGAUCCAUCCGCCUCAUAUUUCGCUUCAAAUGGUCUUGCAGGACCCAUGUAUACUCUUCCACCUGCCGAAUCUUUUCAACGUUCUGAUAAUGACAUGCUAAACGGAAAUGGUUCAAAUGGAAACAAGGAUGAUAAAAAUGGAAUAAAACUAGAAGACGAUGAGGAAAUAAUCGAUGAAAUGGAUGAAGAGAAUGAUGAGGAAGACGAUGGAACUGGAAAGAGAAAGAAAAGGAAACGUCGUGUACUGUUCACUAAAGCUCAGACCUACGAACUAGAACGACGAUUCCGUACACAGAAGUAUCUGAGUGCUCCCGAGAGAGAAGCAUUGGCUAUGCAAAUCAGACUGACUCCUACUCAAGUCAAAAUCUGGUUCCAGAAUCAUCGAUACAAAACUAAGAAAAGUCAUCAAGACAAGCCAAUCAACCAAUCAUCAAUUCUGUCAGCAAUGCCGAAUGCAUUUUCCAGUCAGACAGCAUCCACUACAUUCCCCACAAGAACAAUGCCUAUUCCCAUGUUAGUACGUGGAGACACAACUGCUCGUUCUUCUGACAUUUCAUCCACUUCUCCUUACACUGUGGCAUUUGGAAGUACGAAUUCCGGCUACCUCCCAACGCCUUCUGCCUAUCUCCCGACCGCUUCCGGCUACUUUUCAAAUGGCCCAACAAACGCCUCGUCGUAUAUGGCCAACCCUCAAUGGUGGCCUUCUUAA